AUGACUGAAUCCACGAAACGCGAGUUGAAGGACGCUGGUGAUAAGAAAAGAGUAAAGAGACGGAGAAACUACGACGAUCAUGACAAAGAGGUGGCAGCCGAAGACUCAAAGGUGAAAUCCAGUGGACAGAAUGGUGGAAAAAACGACUCUGAGAGCGAAAGCGAGGAUGACGAAAAGCUAGAUAUGCUGCUCAAUAAAGAAGAUGAAGAUGAAGACGAUUUGGCUGAAAUUGACUCCUCAAAUAUUAUUACAGGCGGGCGUCGGACCAGAGGUAAGAUGAUUGAUUACAAGAAGACGGCCGAAGUUUUGGACAAAGAAGCUGGCAAGUCUGCGGAGGAUGCUAGCGGAAAGGAGGAAGCAGCUGCGGCGGAGGGCGGUGAUGAAGACGCAGACGAAGAUGCGGAGGAUGUCGACUUCAAGGAGCCGGAACAGUCAAAUGCGUCAUGA